AUGAGGGUGGCGAAUGAAGCCGCUGUGUGGAAGCCAGCAGGUGCCGAGCUGGACCUGCCAUCAGUGCUGUGCCCUUUUGCGAAGCUGAAGGCUGUCGGGCGCGAUGACAUGCUAGAAGUUGCCGCCAAGAAACUUUCACCCAUGGUGGGCAAGAUGAACGACUGGGGUCUUUGCGCCACCCUCUGGUCGUAUCAGCAGCUAGACACCGGCAUCGUUUUCCUCACCUUCCGGCAGCGCCUGGAAUCGGAGGUGGCGCAGCGCCAGCUUUUGAAUGAGGACGUGGAACGCAGCCGCCUGGGGCCGGAGGCCUGGCAGAUUGAUGAGCGCACUCGCCUGGAGCAGCUCUGCGGGGAGCAUCAGCAGCACUUGGACUCCUGCCAGGCGCAGCGGGAGCGGCUGCAGCGGGACCAGGUGGUGGCGGAGAGCGCUUUGAGCGGCAAGGUCUCGGAGACCCAAAGCCUCGAGAAGGUGGCGGCGGAGCUCCAACGCCAGAGCCGCGAGGCGGAGGAUGCCUUACAAGCGGCCGCCCGGAGACAAAAGCCCUCGGCUUCCGAACCCAUGAGCUGCCUGCGCCAUGUGCGGCUGUUGGUGCUGCUCUGGCUUUGGCACUUGAGCCGCCUCGCCUUCACAGGGCUAGCGCCAAAGAAGGCGCUUUCGCGUCUUCUGGCGCGAGCGGCCGAACCACAGCAGAUCACAGCCAGCAUCAAGGGGGCAAAGUCGGCCUUGGCGAUCCUGGAGCUGCUCGAGGAGGAGGAAGAGCAUCUCAACAUGUUUCAUGUUACGGCAGCGUGGAGCAAGCUGAGCAAACAAAAGCUCACCAACGACGUUAUCAGUGGCCCCAAGCUGGCGAUGCUAAUUGAGAAGACCACGACUCUGCUGCAGAGGCCAUCGGUAGGACCACGCGCUGUGGCGGAGAUCUUUACAGCUGCGGGCAAAAUGCAUGGGAAAGCUACGGCCCGCCCGCUGCGGAGCCUUUGGGCGCUACUGGCGGAGAAAGCACAGACCGUGGCCGCAGAGAUGGACGACCAGUCGGUGUCCCAGGCGAUGUUCGCGUGGGUUUUGGCUUCGGACGGCACUUCCCUUCCGGUGCUCACCCCACUGCUGCCGGUGCUCGCGCACCGGGCCGCAGAAGCCAUGCCGCAGAUGCGGGCGGCGGGGGUUUCCAAAGUCACCUGGUCUUUGGCGAAGCUCUUCGAGCGCAGCCUGAGCUCGAGCGAGAGCCAGCUGAGGCGCCUGGUUCCGUGGACGGCGGCACGCCUGGAGGAGGUUGCAGAAGACUUGAACGCGCAAGAAUUGUCCAGCUGCAUGUGGGCGGUGGCGAAGCUUUCAGCGCACACGUCCGCCGCUUCUUUCUUCGAGCGCGCGGUUCCCAGACUGGUGGCACAGGCGGUGGCGGUGUCAUCCAAACUCAAUCCUCAUGGAGUGGCGCAGGUUGUGUGGAGCAUGGCGAAGCUGCAGGACGGAGGGAUUUUGGAAGCGCCACCCGGGUCGCUGCCUCUGUUGGCCGCGCGCAUUGCGGAGGUGCUGCCCAAGCUGCAGAAAGCGGACAUCUCCAACGUGCUGUGGGCUUUGGGGAAGCUCUCGGGCUCUGCGGGCCUGGCCUUUUCCGGGGUCUUGCCCGAUCUGGUGGACCAACUGGGUGAAGUGGCCCACAAGCUGAGUGCGCCAGCGGUUGCUAGUGCCAUGCUGGCUCUAGCGGCGCUGGCGACAGACGAGGGCUUGGAGUCGUGUUUGGAACUGCUACCCGCGCUGCUUGGUCGCGUGAAGCAACUGAAGUCCGAGAUGAACGAGCAAGCAGUGUCAAACGUGAUGUUGGCAGUGGCGAAGCUUCACUCCAAAGGGGUGGGCAUCCAGCCACUGGCGGGCUUCUUGACCGUGUUGGAGCAACGGAUCGAAGAUGUUACGCCGUACAUGACCGCCGAGGGUGUCUCGAACAUGAUGGGAGUGAUGGCGACACUGUCAGCGGAUGCUGCUGCCUUCAAGGCAUCUGUAGACUCGCUGCCAGUUCUGCAUUUCCGGAUGAGCCAGGUCAAGUCACAGAUGAAGGUGGGUUACAUCUACCGUGUCGCCUGUGCCACUUUGCAGCUGCACCGGCUUGGGGCGGAGAGCAAAGUUCUGGCACCCGUCCUGACCAGCCUGGACAGUCGACUGCUGGAAGUUGUGCCCAAGCUGAAUGCCCGAGGAGUUUCCAGCAUCAUGGGCGUGGUGGCGAUCUGCUCAACGGACUAUCCCCCAGAGUUUUCGGCUGAUGUGCUGCGCUCUCUGAGCACGAGGAUCAAGGAAGUCGAGGCGGAGUUGACCGCCCGGGAUGUGGCGGAGCUCAUGCGGGCAGUGGGCACGCUUUCACUGGAUGCUUUCCAGGUAUGUUCAGGCCUGCUGCCAGUGCUGUUGCUCCGACUGAAGGAACUGGAAGUCGAGAUGAGUGUCCAUGAACGGGUAGAUGCGAUGUGGGCCACAGCGAUGCUAAGCCAGAAUCUCCAGGCGGACUUGGCAGCCUUUACUCGGGUCAAUGCGGAGGUGUCGGAGCUGAGCGGUGUGGAGGCUUCCAAAGCCAUGUGGGUCGUGGCAAAGCUUUACGCAGCUGGCGGUCCGACUGCACCGUAUGCAGAUGUUAUACCUUUGCUGGCGGAGCGGAUCAAGGAAGGGCAGGAUGACAUCAAGCACCCGCAGGAGAUGAGCGCGCGGGAGGUAGCGCAGGUGCUGUGGGGGAUGGGAAAACUGGCGGCAGCCAAGAUGGCGCCUAAGGCACUGAUGGGCUUACAGCCCAUGUUCGCUGACAGAGUGGAGGCAUCAGCAACUGAGCCAGACAUGGCCAUGACGGGUGGAGAGAUCGCCGAUGUGACCGGCGCCAUAGGAUACCUUGCGGCGAGCACGGAUGACCUGAACACGUUGCGUGCGCUACACUAUUUGAUGGGGUCAUUUUCGGAUCUCGACUAUUGCGCUACACAUGAGGACCUCGCCCUAACCUGCUGGGGUUUGGCGUGGGUCAAGUACCAAGACCUCCACUUCUUGCGCAGCGUGGCCAAGAGGCUGUCGCCCACCAAAGCGUUGGUGAGUUUGGACGACUGGAGCAUUUGUGCUUUGGACUGGGCCUUGCAGACCUUCCACGGCCAGGACCGAGACCUGAAGCCCUUCGCCUGGAGCCUCGACUCGGAGAUGCGGCGCCGCCACUUCGACCCGGCGAGCGACGCGGCGCGGUGCGGGCGCCUCAGCCCCGACGCCUGGCGGAGGGAGGCGCAGCUGCGGCCACGGCGUAGCAGGAGCUGA